AUGUUCUGUAGUUCUGGAAAAAACUCUGAAACAAAUUUAGUAGCAAACGAUAGACGCCAAGACACGAAAGGCUCAGAAAUAGUUCUUGUCCAACCAAAGCUUGCAGACCUAGAAGCUCAGUUGGCCUAUACUGAUGCACAGGCGAGGAUCAGCGAAAGACUGAGCAAGAUACCCCUCGACAGGUAUAAUCGCCUCAUCAAUGACAUGUUGGCAAUUUACAACACUGCUACCACCUGCGAUUACCACGAUCCUUUGAAAUGUGAUUUGAGGCUGGAACCAGAUUACACAGAUUAUCUUUUAUUUCCUUAUGAAUCGCCUACUUUUAUGGCUGAAAUAAAUGAAGCAUGGGAAGACAUCAAACCAUUGUAUCUAGAGCUACAUGCUUAUGUUAGGAGAAAACUAAGGGAUCUUUACGGUCCUGAAAAAUUAGGACGUCAAGCACCUCUUCCAGCUCACAUACUAGGAAAUAUGUGGGGUCAAUCCUGGAUUAACAUAUUGGAUAUCACUAUCCCCUAUCCUGGAAAAUUUUUCCCUGAUGUGUCACCUCAUAUGGUUCAGCAGGGUUAUACACCAGCAACUAUGUUCAGAAUUGCUGAAGACUUCUUCUUGUCUCUGAACCUUUCAGGAAUGCCACCUGAUGUUCGUGAAAAUUCCCUCUUAGUUGAGCCACCUGGUAUUCUAGUCAUAUGUCAGCCAUCAGCUUGGGAUUUCUGUAACAAACGAGAUUAUAGGAUAAAGAUGUGUGCUAAAGUAACACAAAGUGAUUUAGUUACUUUGCACCAUGAAAUGACACAUAUAGAAUAUUUUAUGGAAUAUCGAAACUUACAUAAAGCGUUCCGAGAUGGAGCUAACCCCGGUUUUCACGAGGGAAUAAGCGAAGCAAUAGCUCUUUUUGUCGGCUCUCCUAAACAUUUACAAACUUUGGGUCUCCUCUUCGGAUCUGAGGAUGAUGUACCACAUAAUAUUAAUUUUCUUUAUUCAAUGGCUCUUCAAAAGCUACCGUUCUUAGCAUUUAGCCUUGCACUAGAAUCUUGGAGGUGGGAUGUGUUUCGUGGUGACAUUAAUAAGGAUAAUUAUAAUUGUCGUUGGUGGGAUUACAGAGAAAAGAUUGGAGGUGUUAAGCCACCAGUUUUGAGAUCAGAGAAGAAUUUUGACCCUGGAUCCAAAUAUCAUGUUCCUGCAAACAUCCCAUAUAUCAAGUAA